GUGACAUGUGGAUUGUGCGUUUGUGAAGGGACGAUCCCUGGACCGCCUAGAGUUGCAGGUUAGCAUCAGACUCUACACCCGGCUCUGUUCAAGAGAUUGUGUUGCUGGCAGAAAUCGCCAAGGCUUCAUUUUUGGGAGGAUCAGGGGUUCCUACGCCUUGCAGCUAUGAGGGGUGUGUUGCGGGGUCUUCAAGGGCGUGUUUUCAACUUGGGCGCUCUUUGCGCUGACUGCAUGAAUGCGUUUCAUACAGGUAGGCUGACGCAAUUUGGGCGAGACUUUGGGACUACGAUUGCAAAAAAGACUAGGGUGCUGAGUUUUGGAGAUGGUAGCCAUGGGGCACUCGGACACACAGAUUGCUUCGGCGGUGAUGCGUAUGAGCCUCGAGAAAUUAAUGGUUUGCCGGAAGAUGUGGUGAGUGUGGGAGCUGGACAUUACCAUUCCAUGGCCGUGGCACAAACAGGGGAGCUAUGGGCUUGGGGUCGCAAUUUGGAAGGUCAGCUUGGUGAAAGAGACGGAAACACCAGAGAAAAAUGGCAUCAACCGCAAAGAGUGCGAGGUUUGGAAAGCGUUGAAGUUGUAUCAGCAAGAGGGUCGGGGGUUGUUUCCAUGGCCAUUGCAAGAGACGGAUCAUUGUGGACGUGGGGCAAGUCUAAACGCGGGCAGCUUGGCUUGGGCACCAAAAUCAUGUAUGCUCAAACCCCGAAGCGGGUGGAGGCCCUUGUGGGGCAACAAGUGGUGCAGGUAGCGUUAGGCUGGGGUCAUGCUCUUGCGCGCACAGCUGAAGGCCAUGUUUACAGCUGGGGUUACGCAGCGAACGGCCGCCUUGGGUUCCAGCUAUCCGACUCUGAAUCUGCUGAAACUUCAGUAAAGAAAACCAGUCCUACGGCCAUUGCUCGUGUCGAUAACGAAUCUAUUGAAGAGGCGGCAUACCGGCAAGUCCUAGAAGAUAUGGAGAAAGAGAAGAGUCCGGUUCUGGCUUGGGAGCCUGUUCGAAUUAACUCACUGUGCUCGCAACAUGUGACAGAAAUUAGUUGCGGGAUGGACCAUUCUCUGACAUUAAAUGAGAAAGGAGAGCUCUGCAGCUUUGGUGACAACAGCUUGGGACAACUCGGCAGGUCCACUGCAAUUUCUGCUGUGCAGUCUAGCAUUUUCGCAGUGGAGAAUUCAGAGGAUCAUGUGCAAGGUCUUAUUAGGGGGGAAAAAGUACUUCACGUAGGUGCAGGUCUUGGUCACUCUUUGGCUGUCACUGCCCAAGGAUCAAUCUAUUCGUGGGGCUGGAAUGCUGGCCACCAGCUUGGUAGAGAUGAACGGCAGGAUAGUUCUCUACCAGCAUGCGUUGAAGAUGUCGAAGGAGAUGUGGUAGCUCUAGUUGGUGGUCGUGCGCAUUCCUUGGCACUGACAUCGCAAGGACAACUCUGGGUGUGGGGCAGUGGGAAGAAUGGCAGGCUAGGACUAGGCAGCCCUGCCGAUGAGCCUUCGCCACUUCUUCUAGAGAGCUUGGAGAAUCACUGCAUUGCGGAAGUCGCUUGCGGCUUCGAUCAUUCUCUCAUUCUCCUUAUCUCUUAGCUCACAUGUCAAAGCUUGUAGUGAAUGGUUUCCUCAACAUUACUGCAGUUUGUUGCAAAGUGUGAGUUCAAUAUGCUUUUCGUCUAAAUAUACUCUUCGCCGGGUCGGAAAUACCAUCGUAAGUAAGGAGAAUAGUUUUUCGGCUUUCCUCGAGCGGUAUGUUGACGAGACCAAUUCGCAGGUUUUACAGAUCUAAAUAGUUACAAUGUUCUGAUGUUGAAAACCCAGCACCGUCUUGGUUACCAUCACUGACCCCUCGGCUGUUCGUGCUUAUUGUGUGGCAGCAAUCAAGUACACGCUUCAUCGCCUGUUCUUCUAUGGAAUCUUUCGCUAGGUGUGUGGUGUUGGAGCCUCGACCUUCCACAGGAACCACCGCUGGAUGUUGAGCCCGUGAAGAUAUAGCAACAGCAAGUAAAUGAUAUUUGAUUUGUAUUCUUGUAAUAUAUAUAUAUAUAUAUAUAUAUAUACAUAGAUGUUUGAAAUAUCUAAUAUAAUUUUAGAGUUCUAUUACUAUGGAAGAACUUCGUUAUAUUCUAAAAUACUCCUUCAAUAAAGGUGUGGUUGAAUUAUCUCUUGAAA